GAUCCAUAUUCAUUACAGAUUGCUAGGACAGUGAGGAGCCCGGGCGACUGAUUUUAGGUGCACCCGAACCCGGGGACAAAGCAAUAUGUCGAACAUUACCCCGGAAACGGUGCUUUCCUUCAGCAAACCCACUACUGGCUACCUGUGUCCUCUGAGCGCCAACACUUACGGGAUAGAGUUCCUCAAGUUUGAGAUCAAAGACUACGAUACCAACCGCGUGGUCUACCAGGUCGCUCGCGAGCCAGACCCGGAGCCCCUUCCAGACAACCUCGACCCCGAGGUGGAGAACUUGAUCCGCAGUGUCAAGUACACGUUUCCCGCCAGCUUUCUCAAGUUCAAGACUGUCAGGACACUGCUGGAGUUCUGCGUCGGCCCACGCCCCGUAGGCAACCUCCGCAUGAUUGAGCGGCAUUUCUUUAAGGACAAGCUGGUCCGCUCAUACGAUUUCGAGUUCGGCUUCUGCAUUCCAAGCAGCACAAAUUCUUGGGAGGCUAUCUACGAUGUGCCGGAGUACUCCACAGCGGUGGUCAACGACUAUGUGUCCCACCCAUUUGCGCACAAGUCGGACAGCUUCUACUUCGUAGACAACAAGCUCAUUAUGCACAACAAGGCGGAGUACCAGUACGUCCGGGAGUAAGUCGUGUGCGCUGGGCGUUGGCGGCUUGGCAGUGAUGGCCUUGAAAGCAGCAGCAGCGAUGUGCGGGGCAGCAGCAGCGUUGUGGAGGCCGUCACUGGUGGGAACUCUUGAGUUAGCAGGACUGGACUGGGUUUCCAAGCGAUAUUUAGCAUGAAGAUGGUACAGAGGGCGCUAUUAGGAGCAUACCCCUGGUUUUGGGGGCGACUCCUGGGAAGGCGUACUCUCAAGUGCGUCAAAACAUGUGCGUAGGAAAGGGACAGGGCUGUGUGGGGGGUGGUGUACUUUAAGAUGCUCUCCCGCAAUGGGAAUCCAUGGCGUCUUACGUGGGGGCUUGCUGGGGAAGGCAACAUGAACGGGAAAGUGGUGCUGACGGUCCCCCAAGCGAAUAUGGUUAGGUACAUGGGUCUUACUGUGGGUGCGUUUGUCCUUGUUACCCCGACGCGUGGCAGCGGUGUUUGCGGCGCGCGAAGAUAUUGUUUGACUUGUUUCCCAUGUUUUUCACAUCACUCGUAUGUCGUGUCGCUUUGCUAAAUAAGAGCGAAGAACUUUGUGCGGGAUAACCAUCCAUACGUUUGGGCAGUUUGGCAUCAUGACAUGGAAAGCUGCUUAUGAGAGGGUAGCAUACAGCAUUCGAGGGCGUGGGAAUGCUUUGGGUUACAUGUGCUGUGGCUGGCGCUUUGUAUAUCUAACACUAAGCAGCUAGCCAGGUUGCUGGCUCGGCAAGUGUACUCUCGCGUGAGAAGCGCACGUCCUUCUCCCAUCUGGGUUCGUGUAUAGUUGAUGGAGGACCAUUAGUCUGCCACUGUGUAAUGUACCUUGCCUGACGUUUAUCGUACGCAAUGGAUAAAAUCUUCCCGUGGCGGUUGCCAAGGGAAGAUUGCAUUAAGCAGGGUGGAAGUGGUCUGUCCGUAGCGUAGCGGCAUGAGCCGCGUUUGUUUGUACCACGUACGGCCGCUGUCUUACGUACAGUCCGUAUGUAGGGGCAUGAGCCCCUUCUGUCCCAGCAGCACGUACUUUCGCUAGGGUGCCCAGCGGAGGUUGCCGCAGAAAGUCUCCCUCACCCAAUAUGUGGGCUUCUGUGGCGAGAUACACGAGAAGGUUAACCCCUCCUCGGAAGAGAACACGUGCACACGACGACGGGCGCC